AUGCCCCUGUUGAUCACCAGCAGAGCCACAGCAGCCACCUGCCAAUGGUCACGUGCCCUCACACCCAGACCUUCCAACGAGCAUGUCCUCGCUAUCAAGACAGCCGUUAAUAACCUUGCUGGCGGACAGAAGUCCCUUGGCUCGAAUGCUCGCGAGGUUCUCGCCUUGCGAAAUGAAGUCCUUGAACAGGUCGCUGCGUUACCCGAAACAUUUGCCGCUGCUCCCAACAUCUUACACGGAGCCCAUGCGGAAUUUGCGUUGACGAGAGAUGCGAACAAGCGCGACUCGGAGAUGGACGAGCUGAGGCGGAACAACACCGAGUUCCAGGUUGAUGCGUUGGAGCUUCAAAUUUGCGGCACGGGACAAGGAAACUGCAUUACAAUCGGUUGUGUCGCUGCAAAAACAACACGACCAGCUUGCGUCUCAGCAGGCAUUGGGAUGAUCUCCACAUACGUCUGCCCAGAUCAGAAUGCUCACAAGUCUCAUUUUGUUGGGCAAGCGGACAACGAGGAGUUGAAGGAGGUUCGGGUGAUUCGGGAUCGCAGCAAGGUGCUUGAGGGCGAACAUGCUACCCUGCUCAAGCGAGUCUGGCGCAAGCUCAACAACGCGAUGGAGAGUGAGUGGGAAGGAGAAACGCUGCUGGUCAUUCACGACACGGGUAUUGGCCAGACCAAGGCUGAUGUGGUGAACAAUCUCGGUACCAUCGCCAACUCUGGCACAAGAGGCUUCAUCAAGGCCCUCUCUUCUAGCGCCGACAUCUCCAUGAUUGGUCAAUUCGGUGUUGUUUCCAAACACAACGAUGACGAGCCAUACAUUUGGGAGUCUGCCGCUGGUGGGACCUUCACUAUUACCCUCGACACCGUCAACCCCCCAAUCGGACGUGGUUCUGAAAUCCGUUUGUACCCGAAGGAGGACCAACUCCAGUACCUCGAGGAGAAGAAGAUCAAGGAGAUUGUCGCGAAAAAGUCCGAGUUCAUUUUUUACUCAAUCAAACUCGCUGUCACGAAGGAGGUCGAGAAGGUUAGUAGUCUUUUCCCCUCUCCUACAUCUGUUCUAACGCGGUCGAGGAUGAAGAUGAUGCCGAAAGACAAUAAGAAGAAGAAGGUUAAGGAGCAAAAGAUCACUACCGAGGAGCUCAACAAAACCAAGCCCAUCUGGACUCGCAACCCGUCAGAAAUCACGACUGAAGAGUACGGGUCGUUCUACAAGAGCUUAACCAACGAUUGGGAGGAUCAUCUUGCUGUCAAGCACUUCUCGUUGAAGGUCAACUCAAUUCAAGGCCAUCCUCUUCAUUCCCAAGCGGGCACCCUUCGAUCUCUUCGAGUCCAAGAAGAAGCGCAACAACAUCAAGCUCUACGUCCGCCGUGUCUUCAUCAUGGACGACUGGAGGAGCUUAUUCCCGAAUACCUCAACUUCGUCAAGGGUAUCUGCGACUCAGAGGAUCUGCCCCUCAACAUCUCCCGUGAGACGUUGCAGCAGAACAAGAUCCUCAAGGUCAUUCGCAAGAACAUUGUGAAGAAGUGCAUGGAGGUUCUGGCUGAAAUUGCGGAGGACAAGGACAACUUCACCAAAUUCUACGAGGCUUUCGGCAAGAACCUCAAGCUUGGUAUCCACGAAGAUGCCCAAAACCGAAGCAAACUCGCCGAGUUCCUGCGUUUCUUCUCGACCAAGUCGUCUGAGGAGCAGACCUCGCUCAAAGACUAUAUUACCCGCAUGCCCGAAAUCCAAAAAUCCAUCUACUACCUCACCGGCGAAUCUUUGGCGGCCACCCGCGACUCACCAUUCCUUGAGGUCCUCAAGAAGAAGGGCUUCGAAGUUCUGCUGCUCGUUGACCCCAUUGACGAGUACGCCAUCACACAACUGAAGGAGUUCGAUGGCAAGAAGCUCAUCUGUGUGUCGAAAGAGGGUCUGGAGCUUGAGGAGACGGAAGAGGAGAAGGCGGCACGUGAGGCUGAGGUUGCUGCCUUCAGCGACCUUUGCACCACUGUCAAGGAUGCUCUUGGCGACAAGGUCGAGAAGGUCGUCAUCUCCAACCGCAUCACCGACUCUCCUUGCGUUCUUGUCACUGGCCAAUUCGGUUGGUCAUCCAACAUGGAGCGUAUCAUGAAGGCGCAGGCACUUCACCUCGAACUGAACCCGAGCAACCCCAUCGUCAAGGAGCUCAAGCGUAAGGUUGCGGAGGACAAGGGCGACAAGUCUGUUCGCGACUUGACCUAUCUGCUCUUCGAGACAGCGCUGCUCACUUCUGGCUUUGCUCUCGAUGAACCGACAUCUUUCGCUAAGCGUAUCCACCGAAUGAUUGCACUUGGUCUCGAUGUUGAUGAGGAAGAGGAGGAAGAGACAACAGAAACCUCGACCGCCCAACCAACGGCUGCCGCCACGGAAACCACGUCUGCUGUGGAGGAGAUCGACUAA